AUGACUCAUAUUGUUGUCAGAGAUAUUGUGGAUAAUGUGUUAAUUGCUGAUAUUUUUAGUAUAAUUGUUGAUGAAACACAAGAUUUAUCAAGGCACAAACAAGUUGCAAUUAUUUUAAGGUAUGUUAAUAAUGAUUUUUCCCCAAUUGAAGCUUUUUUAGGAUUUUAUAAAGUUGAGAGUACUGAUGGUUUAACACUUUCUUUAUUAACAAAAAAUGUUCUUAUUUCUAAUGGAUUACAACUUGAGUGUUUAAGAGGACAAUGCUACGAUUUAGCAGUAUCCAUGCGAGGUGCUUACAAAGGAGUCCAGUCAAGAAUCAAGGAAGAAAAUCCUUUGGCUUUGUAUGUUCAUUGUAAUGCACACAUACUUAACUUAUGUCUUGUUGAUCUAUCUAAACAAAUAUCUCAUGUAAAAAAUGUAUUUGGUACUUUAAGCACUUUACAUAAUUACAUUAAUACUUCAUCUAAAAGACAAGCUGUAUUUGACAAUAUGCGUUCAAAGUUAAAUAUGAAAAUGGGUGAUGGGCCAUCUACUUUGAAAAAGUCUUAG